AUGUUCAACACAAACUUAUUUACUUCAUUUUAUAUUUUUUGUUUAUUUUUAUGUUUAAAGUUUUCUUUUGUCAAUUCUCGAAAAUAUAAAUACGAAUCUAGUUAUUCUUUUCUUUCUUUACUUAAUGAAAAUAAUUUGGAAGGAAGAAGAUUUUGUAUAAAUUAUCAACAAUGGAAACAAAAAGAAUUGCCAUCAACCUUUGAAGAGGCGCCUAUUUUUAAUCUCUUUUGGUGGAAUAAAGUAAAUAAUACCAACAUUUGUGAAAGACAUAAUGAAUUUAAAUUUCCCUCAAAUUCCAUCGUCCCCGCCGAUUAUGUAACUGAAUUUAACAAAUUACGUAAAUUAUGUAGUGAACAACCAGGAUUUAAUUAUUCUGAUCCGAAUUCUGUUAGAAAUGAGGUUAAAAUAAUGAUGGCUGCUUCGAUUAAAAAUAUUCUUUUUUUGGUUGAAAAGGGAAAGAAAAAUGCUUAUGAUUUGCAUAAUUAUUUGUUCACUCAUUUUUACAACGCUGAACUUAACAGCAUCAAAGACAAAUCUUUAAAUUUGCUUUCUAAAACUGGCCAACUUCGAAUUUAUCAACCCAAAUCUUUAUUUCCAAUGGAUCCAGCCGUUGUCGUUCUUUGGGGUUUUGCAUUUAUUUCAAUACUUAUAGGUUCUAUUUGGUCUAUUUUGGACAUUAAAAACAAAUUAGCCAAAUAUGUUAACACAGCGCUAGAAGAUUUGCAGUUAAAUCAGAAUGCUUCUUUACCAUUAUCUACAGAAGCUUCUUUUACACAAAUUACGGAAAUUAGCGUUAAUUCUACAGCACAAAAUGGAAGGUUUUCCACAACACAAAAUGGAAGGUUUUCUUUAAAAUCAUUAACUAUUCUGUUUAUUUUAAAAUCGGGAUUAGAUAACGGAACCUUUAGUUUUUGUUUUGAAUCAGAUAUUUUGUGGAAUUUUUUAAAAAUUCACCUAUUUUUUAAAACUCGUUAA